CGCCCUCAACGGGACUCUCGGCUCUCUCUUUUAAUGCACUAUCAGCGCGUAUCAGCGACCAGUACGGCACCAUCCCUUCCGCAGUGACGACGUCGUGGAGAGCAGCCCUCCCUGCUCCUAUCUCAGACGGAAAUGAUUGUUAACAAGUGUCAUCGUGCACUUAGUGCGCAGACCUCGCUUCGACAACGGUUAAACGGCGUUAUAACGACAUGGAAUAGAUGCUUAACCGGUUCAAUGUCAAGAGAGCCAGAAGGGCCGAUAAUUAUGACGGAAAUACCGGGUCCUCAGUCGCGAAGCUUGCUACAAGAAUUGAAUGCGAUACAACAAGCAUCUUCCGUACAAUUCUUCGCAGACUACGAAAAAUCCUCCGGUAAUUAUAUAAUGGAUGUUGACGGGAACGCGUUGCUGGACGUUUAUAUGCAAAUCUCGUCAAUGCCUCUAGGGUACAAUCAUCCGGCGAUGUUGGCGGCUCUCGCCGAUCCCGUUAAUCAAAAAAUUAUAGCAAAUAGACCUGCGUUAGGUGUCUUCCCGGGAAAAAAUUGGCCCAACAGAUUAAGGAAUAUUUUGCUUAACAAGGAGGUUGCUCCAACCGGAUUAUCGCAUAUUACAACAAUGAUGUGCGGUUCUUGUUCUAAUGAAAAUGCUUUUAAGAACAUCUUUAUUUGGUAUGCAGAGAAACAAAGACAAGGAAAACCAUUCACGAAGGACGAGAUAGAAUCAUGUAUGAUAAAUCAAAUUCCUGGUUCGCCGCGAUACUCCAUUAUGUCCUUUAAAGGUGGCUUCCAUGGGAGAACUUUAGCUUGUCUCUCAACAACUCAUAGCAAAUACAUUCACAAAAUAGAUAUACCAGCUUUCGAUUGGCCUAUAGCUUCUUUCCCAGAGUACAAAUAUCCUUUAGAAGAAAACGUCCAAGAAAAUCAGAUGGAAGAUAAACGUUGCCUUGCAGAGGUCGAAGAAUUAUUUGAAAAAUACAAUAAUGAAAAGAAGGUUCCAGUGGCUGGCGUCAUCAUUGAACCUAUUCAAUCGGAAGGCGGCGACAAUCAUGCAUCAUCGGAAUUUUUUCAAGAACUUCAACGCAUAACGCGAAAACACGGAGCAGCAUUGCUUAUCGACGAAGUCCAGACUGGUGGCGGUCCAACUGGAAAAAUGUGGUGUCACGAGCACUUCAAUUUAGAUACCCCACCUGACGUGAUGACUUUCAGCAAGAAAAUGCAAUUAGGCGGUUAUUAUCACUCGAAAGAUUUCAAGCCGAGACAAUCAUAUCGUGUAUUCAAUACCUGGAUGGGCGAUCCAAGUAAAGUGAUAUUGCUCGAAGCGAUCUUAGAAAUUAUCAAGAGGGAGAAUCUCCUGGAUAGAGUAAUACGCGUUGGCGAUUAUAUGUUGAAGCAUUUGAUGGAUAUACAAAAGGAGCACUCUAGUAUAAUUAGCUCGAUGCGUGGACGUGGAACUUUCAUAGCGUUUAAUUGUACCUCUCCUGAAAUGCGAGACACCAUCAUCAAGAGAUUUACAGUCAAAGGUAUUCAGGUAGGUGGUUGUGGUAACCGAGCUGUGCGACUGAGGCCUGCGUUAACUUUCACAGAGCGUCAUGCUGAUAUAUUUUUGGAUGCGCUUCGUUCUGUACUGAAAGAAUAAGGGUAAACUUUGCGGUUUUUCGUGUUUUUCAAGUCAAACCAUCACGUCUUCCAUAUCAAAUGUCUUCCAAAUUAUAUGUCUUGUAUCAAAGAAUGAUUAUGGAGAUGUGUAUACGGAGUUAAAAAUAUAUUGAUUAUUUUUAUAUGGCAGUUGCAUUAUAAGGCUAACAUAACUUUAAAGAAAUGAUGAAAUAAUGAACUGCAGCAAGAAUGUAUAUUUAAUGAUUUUAUUGAUCGCUACUUUGUGUAUUUUUAUUGCAUAGGACAAAUUGUUACAAUGAGAGAUUAUAUAACAUUUUAAUGCAAGA